GCCCGGGGGACGCCAGAGCCGCGCCGGAGGCGCCGCGGGAGGGAGCGAGCGGGCGACCGGCCGGUGCGGGGACAGCGACAUGGCCGAGAAAUACGACGUGGUCGUGGUCGGGGGCGGCAUCUCAGGUCUCUCAGCAGCCAAAUUGCUGACUGAGUCAGGCUUGAACGUGGUGGUGCUGGAAGCCAAUGACAGGGUUGGUGGAAGAACUUUCACUGUAAGGAAUAAGCAAGUUAAAUAUGUGGACCUUGGAGGAGCUUAUGUGGGGCCAACACAAAAUCGUCUCCUGCGGUUAUCUAAAGAGUUAGGUAUAGAGACUUACAAAGUGAAUGAAGUUGAGCACCUGAUACACCAUGUCAAGGGUAAGUCUUACCCCUUUAAAGGUCCAUUCCCUCCUAUGUGGAAUCCAUUGGCCUACCUGGACUACAACAACCUGUGGAGGACCAUGGAUGAAAUGGGAAAAGAGAUUCCUAGUGAAGCCCCAUGGAAGGCUCCACAUGCGGAAGAAUGGGACAAAAUGACUAUGCAAGAUUUCAUAGAUAAAAUUUGCUGGACUAAUGCCGCCAAGAGUUUUGCAACUCUGUUUGUGAAUGUGGAUGUCACUUCUGAACCCCACGAGGUCUCUGCCCUUUGGUUUUUGUGGUAUGUGAAACAAUGUGGGGGGACAACAAGGAUAUUCUCAACGACCAAUGGAGGGCAGGAGAGGAAGUUUGUUGGGGGCUCUGGCCAGAUCAGUGAGAAAAUAAUGGAGCGCCUGGGAGGCCGGGUGAAGCUGAGGAAGCCAGUCGUCCGCAUCGACCAGUCGGGUGAAAGUGUUGUAGUAGAAACCUUAGAUCAUGAAUUAUAUGAGGGCAAAUAUGUCAUCAGUGCCAUUCCCCCAGCUCUUGGUUUGAAGAUUCAUUUCAGCCCGCCUUUGCCACCAAUGAGAAACCAGCUCAUCAACCGAAUCCCCAUGGGCUCAGUCAUCAAGUGCAUUGUGUACUAUAAGGAAACUUUCUGGAGAAAGAAGGGGUAUUGUGGUACCAUGAUCAUUGAAGAUGAGGAUGCUGCAAUUGGUUUAACACUUGACGAUACUAAGCCUGAUGGCAGCUUUCCUGCCAUAAUAGGCUUCAUUCUUGCUCGGAAGUGUAGAAGACUGACAGGUCUCACAAAAGAAGAAAGGAAGACAAGGCUGUGUGAGCUCUAUGCAAAGGUUCUGGGAUCAGAGGAAGCUUUACAUCCAGUGCAUUAUGAAGAGAAGAACUGGUGUGAAGAACAGUAUUCUGGGGGCUGCUACACAGCCUACUUCCCACCAGGCAUAAUGACUCAGUAUGGAAGGAUUAUUCGGCAGCCUGUUGGCAGGAUCUAUUUUGCUGGCACAGAGACAGCCACAGAGUGGAGCGGAUACAUGGAGGGGGCUGUACAGGCUGGAGAAAGAGCAGCCAGAGAGAUACUGUUUGCUAUGAGGAAAAUCCCAGACAGUGAAAUUUGGAAGCCAGAACCUGAAUCAGUUGAUGUCCCAGCUUUGCCCAUCACUACAACCUUCUGGGAGAGGAACUUGCCGUCUGUGCCAGGACUGCUAAAGCUGAUUGGAUUUUCCACUUUCUUCACUUCUGUGGCUGUGGCUGGGUUAUUUGCCUACAAAAAGGGACUUCUAGUUCGAAACUGAAGAAGGUUCCAAUGCAAAGCCUCACACUUGAGCUGUUUUCUUUUUUUCAGAGGUUUUUUUGGCAUGUACUUCCCUGUCUCCAAAAUCAGGUCAGGACUGGGGAGGAGAAGAAAACAGUAGAAAGAAGAGGCUGGAGGGGGAAGGAUGAAGGAAGGGCAUCCAUAUUGAAAAAGAACCCCUUGAAUCCAGGCCUACUUCUAGCAGUAACUUUUUGGUUGUUGAAUUCCUAGGAGACCCUGCCGAGUGUUAUCACAUUGAGGUUUUUAUCCAGAUCUCAGAAUAGAAUUGACAAAAUACCUCUAUAAAGCCUGUUCUGAUGAGAUUUCCAGUUGUUUUUACACUUGUAUCUGAACCAGACCCUGAACUCCAAGUCUUCACAGGCACUUUCACCUCUAGUUAUAAACGAAGGAUUUCUGUCUUCCUGUGUGGUAGACUGAGAAAAGAAAUCCAUAGCAUAAAGAAUAAUUAACUAGUUCAUGCAAAUCGCUGGUAAGGAUCUUUUUAGUGUUUUUAUUUUUCACCCAGACGUCCAGAGCCCAGGCAGCACCUAAGGGACAAGUCAGGCUAAAUUUAUCCAUCCGAACUAUGCAAGUGUGGCCAUAGGUUGUUGGCAUUUCCAGUGGCAUAUUUGUCCUACAGUGAGUUAAAGGACAGUGUUCUUACUGCCUUUGGCAAUGUGGUUGAAUCUUAGGCUCCCCAGCUGUGCUCACACUGCCUGGAAGGGCAAAGCCUGUGUCUCCCAGUUGAGUCCAUCCCUGUGCGGGAUCAGAUCUCCUCUGCCGGGAAAACUGGCCGGCUCCAGAUGACAGGUGAUGUGUACAGCAGUAUAGCAGAUCAGGCUGUUGGACCUGUGUGUGAAUGGGGGACCUUGUGCUAAUGUACAGACACAGCCUUUUGAACCUCUUUCACCCAGUCUGAUGUCUCUCUGCCUCCAGGUCCUCUUUUAGCUCCCUAAGUUGCUGCAAGAUAGCAAGAGAACAAAUUAACCUCUGCCUACCCCAGGAAGUUGUAAAGCUGUCCAUAAAAACUCUUACAUAUUUUUUCUUAUCUCCUUCCUUCCUUUCAUCUACUUAAAUUUAUACUUUGAACACCUUGAGGCUGUCUCUUGACUGAUAGGGCACAAUGGGCUUGAAAAUGUAGUGUUAGCAUUAAAAAAAACCAACAAACCAACUUAAGUGCCCCCGAACACUUGCUUUGUGCUGAACUUAGCUUGGCUGAUUCAGAGCUUGUGUCUCUCCUACCAACGGUAUUGAUGGGAUUUGCACUUCCACUUCUCCUUGCUGUGCUGUGUUGUACUGACUGUGCAUUUUUGGUAGCUAAUCGAGGAUUGAAAUGAUACAGAGAUCAAAGAGAACCAUGAAUAGGAUAGUCACAUGCAAGUGCUUCUGCCUUCCUUGGCUUGGUACCUUUAAAACGAUGUAAAAAACAAAAAGAAAAAAAAAGACGAAAAACAAAGAAACCAAAAAACCCCAACCACCACAACCGUAGCUGCCCACCUGUCAACGUGACGGUACCUUGUUUUAAGUAUUUCUACUGUUUUACAUCUGCACAACACAGAACAGGAAGACACAGGUAUAACCGAGAACAGGAUUUGGUGCACAUGAAGUUUGAGAUGUCUGGAUUUUUUCUGAGCCCAUUUGCUGCACAUCUCCCUUCAACAAGUGCUGAUUUAUAUCUAAAAAUUGCAUUGCAGUAAAAAGCCAUGUAGGAAAGUAUAAUAAUAUAUUCAGCAACUAGUGUGAGCGGACGGUAGAGGAACUAUCACCAGACUUUUUGGGCUAGCAUCUGAUCUUGCUUAUGUAGAGUACUUCUUCAUUCUCCAAAUAGUCCCAUGGAAAUCCACUGAACUACUUAUAAAGCUGUAAUAUUUGUGAGCAGCGCAUCAGUUUCUGGCCCUUAGGUUUCAUUCUUUUUAACUUCAUGGGCCGGUUAAAAAUCUUCUCGUAGCAGCAGCUUGGGUUUUAUCACAAGAGAAUAUCCUCAUAACAGCCUUUUAAAAUGCAUAGGGGAGCUUUUCAGACAUAAAGAUCUUUAAGUCAGAAGAACAGUGCAGCAGCACAUAUGGCCUUUCUCAUUGUAUCACAUAGAGCACUAAUUGGCUGGGACAUUUGCCUGCCACAAAGUGCUUCUACAUGGCUUUCCCUCUGUGUGAUUUAUUUACUAAAUGACUUAGGAACCGAAAGCUGAAUGGGAACUGUGUAAGUUCAGAGCUUUCGCAACUCAGACAAUUCUCAGGCUGGAAAUAAAUAUAGGAACCUAAAUUUGGGAAGACAUUUUUAAAGUCUUUGCCCAAUAUUUUUAAGUGCUAGACGGUGAAUACAUACUUAACAUAUAAAGAACUGCUGCAUUUACAGAUGAUUUCUCUGCCAAAACUGUUUGGAAUUCAAGUCUUGCUUCUGCCCUAGAAAUACGCUGCAGGUCUCUGAAGGGGAGCAGAUCCAUGAGACUAACAAAGAUAAACUGGUUUUAUUCAUGUCCAAAAUGUAUCUCUUUUCUUCUCAAUCUGGCAGAGGCUUUUCCCAGUCUAACAAGAAAAUGUGUGCUGUAGGGGCAAAAAUUCCAAGGAAAAACAGAAGUUAAGUAUAGUUAGAACUGAACUCAAUCAUAACCAAAGCUUUUCAUGAGACUGGUCAAUUUAAAAAAAAAAAAAAGUGUAUAUAGUUAUGAACCUUUCUUCUUCUUAGAUCCAAAGUGAAACAAAAAUGAAAAAAAAAAUCCCCACAAAGCAUUUCUCAUGUUAUUCUGCCACAACUAAAAGUAGGCGCAACUUGAAAUGUCAAAUCAAAUUUGGAUCCCCUGAGAUUUCUAGCCAAAUCUGAUGGAGCUGGGAGGUCUGAAUUGCAACAUCUGUGUUAGCAUUUGAAAGUCUCUGUCCUCUUCUUUCCAGACUGCCAGAGCACUAGGAAUGCUCUCUUUGUCCUUAUAGCUGUGUCUUGCUACGGUUAUGGUGUGGAGUUUAUCACCACUAUGGGAUUAAAAAGAAGGAUUUGCUGCUGUUUUGUCGACAUCUUCCACAUAAAAGGAAUAUGUGGCACUUUGUGUAUGCAGAUGCCAGUGUGAUGAGAAAAUUGACAAAUGUAGGUAGAGAAUCAAGUUGCUUCCCCAUGGGUAGAAGGACCAUUUCUAAAAUUCCUUUGUGCCAUCCCUUCAAGGAGAGGAAUGGAGUCUGGUUUAGCAGGUAACUUGUGCUAUAUUCCUAAUUUAUUAACAUAUUUGAUGAGAAAUCUGCUGUCAUGAAAGUUCCAGCAGUUUACCAGCUUCAUAAAGUAUAUUAUAGGAACAACUAUGGAAAUAAUUGUAGUUGUCUCUUAUGAACUGGUUUGUGUUACCAUGCAUAUUUUGUAAGGCUCUUAAGAGUUUGAAGGGAGAAAAAAAAAAAGAGGUUUACUUGCUUGUAGGUUUUGAUGGCAACUGUAUACUGCCCAGGAUGUCAGGUCAUGGCAUGAAAAUCUGUGUUAGCCGAAGUACUUGAAAGCUAAUUGUAUAAACUACUCGACAAUAACAAGGAAGUGAGCAAUCUGAGGCAGCCCCUUGUUUCUCCUGUAACUAGUGCAUUUUUUUUUCUCAGUGCAGAUCUUGAUUCCAAAUAGCACAUCUGCUGUCAGUACAACAAAGAUAUUAAUCACAGUUCAGUAUGUGUCUGAGCAUUGUCCAUCACUGGAGGAGAAGCUAGGGACUUCUAUUAAAAUAAUCUUCCUGUGCCCUCAGCGGGACUGUUGUUUCACUGAGGUAGCCUUUAAAGAAGUGCAGAAAUUUUAAGGGUGGAGGAUUUUUUUUUUGAGACAUGAAAGAAAAAUAUUUUUGAGGAAGAAGCAAUUGUAUUUCCUCCAAAAGCACUUGGAUGCAACAGGGAGCCAGGAUUAAAUGUCAACAGAUCUGCCACUGCUCUCAGGCAAGAAGGAAACCCACUUACAUCACAGAUUACAAAUGCUUGCAAAUAAACCUGACCUGUGUUUAAAUGACCUAACAUUCCCUCUCCCAUCUCCACCACCUUAAAAUCACCUUGAUCUUACAAUCUGUUCUUCAAUAGAGAUAAAAACGAGAUGACCAAAGCAGUCUUGCUUUCAAAGUAUCUACAGUCAAACCGUUCAGGUGUUGUCAUAGGCUGCUGCUUAUAGCGUGUCUCCUGUAGUCAUGUACAGGUCAGUGUUCAGUGAUGCCUGCCUCUGUGUUUUGGAAAAAAAGAGUGACUUCACUUUGCAGGAAUAUAUAUGCUGUGUGUGUGAUGAAUUUGUGCCUUUUAUAACUGUAGCAUUUUCUCAAGUGCCUCUGUGGUGACUGUCUCCUUUGGUUUCCUUCUUAAGUUCCCUUUACAGUAGGCUCUGCAGAUAUUUUUACCUGACAGCUGUGAACUUUUUUUAACCUUAAUUUAGAAUCAAUAAAUAUUGUCAUGUCACA